AUGGCGUCGGCUCAGAGGCAAGACGAUUCUUCCGAGAUGCAUCGCCCUCGACUUUGCGACAUCCUCUACUCGCUCAACAAGAUGCUGCAUCUCACGCACGAGGCCAUCGACAGCACCAGAAAGGUGUUCGACAAAGAUGGGAAGCCGGUCUUGGACGACAACGGGAAGCCGGUUCUGGUUCCCAUCGAAGAGAACAAGAGGCCAAUCGCCGAAGGCUUCCAGAGAGUCAUCAACAGCCGUGCUCUUCGCGCCCUACUGUACUACCCCGCGGCACAGCGUCUGGCGGCCAGGUCGUACGACGAAAGGCACGCGAUCUACGGCGAAUGGGCCGAAGUGCAGAGCAUGCGCACUCCUCAGCGGCCUGAGCCUGCGGCGUACAUCCGGGCCGAAAGGUUCGUCAUGAACUUGGACGCUGGCCACGACAUAGACCACACGACGAAUCGGACGAAGCUCACAUGCGCCUAUCCGUCGAUGCAGGACGCAACUUCGGCAGCAGAGCGUCUCAAGGACUACCUGCAGGACGUCCGUCUCUCUGCGCUGGGUCCCUACGACAUCUCCGGGGUCUGGUAUCAUCUCGAGGGCCAGGGAAACCUCGCCAAGCGGUACUGGGAUGUCAACACAGGUCUCGAGAGGGAGGAAGAUGACGACAAUGUCAGGCUGCUCAAUAUCGUCGAUCUUCGUGGUGUUGCUCUUGAUCGCUGUCCGCUCUCUGGUCUUAAGCAAGACAUCGACGAGUGUCCCAAGUACGACCGACUUCCGUGCGUCCAGAUCUCGACUGGCAUGAAGGCUUCUCUCGUCGCUUUCCAGCACCGAGUCAUGGCUCUUCUGCCCCACGAUUACUGCACGUGA